CGGACGUUCGUUGUUUAGAGCUCGGUCAUAAAGUCAAGUGCCAAAGUGGCAGUGGCACCUCACAAAAAAAAUUAAAAAAAAAAAACAAGAAUAAAAAGGAAAAAUUGAAACCAAAAAAAAAAAAGAACGAGGAGGGCACACAACGUGCGGGUGUAAAGUGCAAAUGGUAACGGUAAUUUGCAGACAUUAGUUGCCAUACACAGACACACACACACGCAAACGGACCGGUGAUUAAAUGCCGUGGAAGGAGAGGUGCGAAAAGUGUCACAUUACGCAUACGCAGCGUAUGCCCAAAUUAAAUGCUGAAAUUUAAAAGCACACAGCGAGUGGUUCUUAGUUGGUACAUUGGAAAUGUUUGUCGUAAAGUUAUUUGGCCACUUAGUAUGCCAAGCACGUAAUGGAUUUUUGUGAUGAGGAUACGGCUCUUUGAUUGUUUUAUUAGCGAUUCCUUUGGACAGUAACUUUGAGUUUGGUAUAAAAAAUAUUUAAAAAAACGUAAAAGAAAAUAAUGGUUAUAAAACAAAAUUUAAGUUUGUCAUAUAUGCCAAAUAAAAGGCAAAAAUAAAUAAAAACGCUGAAACAUUUGCUUAAUUAGACAUUUAUAAAUUCGUUAAUCGGUUGCUUUGUGCCAUUAUAUAGAAAUAAAAACUAGAGAACAAAGAUAACAGUAACACCAAGCAUUUAAAAAUAAAUAAUUUAUAAAAUAAGUGUAAUAUUUAUAUUCAAAGUUGACCAUGAGUCAAAUGCAACUGCAAACGCAACGCGUUCGCCGCGGACGUCACCAUCACCGUCAUCAGUCCGCAGAGCCUUGCGAGUGUUUACGUCCUGUGAUAAGAGUUUUCGGUCUGCUGACUUCAUUCGUUAUCUGCGGCGUUGGUGUUGAUGUCUACAUGCAUGGCUAUCGGGCUGGUCUUUACAUCGUUUUUUCAGCCGUGCUGGUAAUGUUCAUAGAGAUCAAGUGGCUCGUAACCAUAUUUCUGCAACUACAGUGCUCAGAGGAUAAUUACCAGCGGAGGUCCUGCAGCUGCCUGACUUGCUGGCGUCUUUCGGCGAUUUGUGGCGGAUGGCGACCCACGCCCGUUUAUGCGGUCAUCGGCAUCUGCCUGAUACUAUAUCCCCACAAUCUGUGGCUUAGUUAUGUGGCCGGAAUGUUCCUGAUACUCCUUGGUGUCCUCAGACUCUGCACGCUGCUCAGAUUUAGUCCCUCGAAGGCAGAAGAGGGCCUCCUGCCGCAUUGCGACUUUGAAAAGGUCUCCAGUUUUGUGGAUAAUAUGGAGGAUGAUUUCGCAGAGCUUAGCGCCUCACAAGCGGCCUUGGAUGACGAAGCGGAGGAGGAGGGCGACGACCCCCCGGCCAUAGAUGAUGAUGUUUGCUAAUAGUUAAGAUAUACUUCUAUUUUUCUCAUUUGAAAUUUAAUUUCGAUUUUUGAAUAAUGUGAGACUUUAGAUUAUUUUAAGAUAUCUAAUAACAUAAAGUUGGUAAAGAGGUUUCGAUUGAAAAGUUAAAUAUAUUGUGUUUUCAUAACUGGACCUAUGUGUCUGUAUUGGAGAUAAGAAUCGUUUAACGUUUUAUAAGAUAUUAACUAUCAAUACUUCUGAUUUUUAUCCGAAUUUGCUUAAACUUUGAAAAAUAUUGUAUAUUGUAUUUAG